CCGGCCGCGCACCCCUCGCCUCGGCAUCUCCUCAGAGCUCGGCCGGAGGGCGAAACCCGCCCCUCCGCUGCCCAGGGGCAGCACCUUUGCCGUCUCUCGCCGCGGCGUGAAGAGGCGAGAGCAGGAGAGCGGCGGAGCAGGUGGGGGUCCCGCGGCCGGUCCGUGCGUGAUGGGGAGCCGGAGAGUCGGCAAGCCGGCGGCUGCCGGCGCUGCGGAGGUGUGAGGCGGGGUGCGAGCUGUGUGGCGGGGCAGAGGGAAGGAAGAGAGAAGCAGCAGAAUCUCCUGUGCAAAUCCCAGGACCUCGCUCACCAGCAGAGGCUCGGGCGCACCCUGACACCGGAGGGGCGGGGGCGGGCGGCCGCCGGAGCGGCAAUGGCCAGGCCAACCAUCAUCCCCACGAGCGUCAGGGCGACCGCGCCCGAGGCCUUCAUGGUGCUCCACCUGAGGAUGAGGGUGGUGGAAGAGCAAACCAGCGCGCUGGUGCGAGACCUGGAGGCGCUCGGUGUCGAUGGACAGAGCCUCGAUCGUUUCUGCUCAAAGACCUCAGAAACACCUGCUAGCCAGCCAGCCAUUAGCCCUGUGCAGGCCAGAGUAGCAUUUGUGGGAGAAAAUACACUGUGGAAAAACUGUGAAACACUGGUGAAUCGAAUGUGUCGGUUAGAGAGUGUUGUACAGACACUGAAAUUAAACAUCUUCUGGCUGCAGACAGAAAAGGAACUGAAUCCAAAGCAUGCAGCCCAGUUGGAGCAGCGCCUGAAUGCAAUCCACAAAGAGCAUUUGCAAGAAAUUAAGAUGGUACAGCAAGAAGCAAUGAAGUUGCGCCAGUACUUAAGUGAUAUGAAAGAGGCUGAAGAAAAGGCAAAAGAAGAAGUUCAGAGACUGAGUACUGCUCUGGAGAGUACAACUGCAUCCAAGAUGGAUGUAGUGAUUGCAGCUGAAGAACUGAGGAACACAAACCAGAAAAUUAACUGUAGACUGCAGGAGCUAACAGAACAGCUGUCCCAGGAGAUCAGCCUGCGGGAGUCUUUGGAGGAAUCCCAAGUGGCUGUGAUGCGUCAUGUACAGGACAUGGAAACAACGGUAGAAGCAGAAAGGAAGCAGGUAGAGAUAUUACAGCAAGACUGCCAGGAGUUGCGUAAAGAUGUCCAGCUAGCCCAAGUGAGGCUUCAAGAGGAGGAAAAAAGAACUGCCCAACUGGAGCACCAGUGCAAACAGCUGAAAGCUGAGCUGGACUCCAGGAACUGUAUCAUUUCCCAGCUUAGUGAAGAAGCAAAAAAUGCACAGCUAUCCCUUAGCAAACAACGCAAAGAGAACUUGCAACUUCAGUCUAAAAUGACCGCCCUGCACGAAACAGCAGAGAAAGUACAGGUCCUUAAUGACCACCUAAGCCAGCAAUGCUCACAGCUCAGCACCGCACUGCAAAGUGUUGCCAUGGAGAAUGCUAAACUCAUUUCAGAUCAUCAGAUCAUGCUUAAGGCAGAACAAGAAAAGACUCGUAAGCUGCAAGAGCAAGACUCGCUUCUGAAUGCUGCCCAUGCCAACAUUAUCGGAGAGCUGCAGAGUGCGCAGCAUGAGAGGGCUCAGCUUCAAAGAGAGCUGAAGGCCUUGCAUACAGAGCAUGGCAAAUACAGGCAGAAAGCAAGCCUUGCUGAGGAGGCAGCAACCACACAGAGACAGCUUUUGGAAUGUACUGUUGCUAGACUGCAAGGUGAACUUGAGAUGGCUUUACAAGAGAGAGGAUCUCUGCUAGCAGAAAAGGAAGAUCUUCAGCAGGAGAUAAGGACAACAGCAAAUGAAAUAAUACAGGAAAGGAACAAAUUGGAAGUAGAAAAAACAGAGAAUGAGCUAGAAAUGGUUUCAAUGAAAUUCACUUUGCAAACACUAGAGGAAGAGAACAAGAAGCUGUUGGAUCACUUGGCUGCGCUGGCACAUGAGCAGUAUGCCCAGCAGCAGGUGCAACAGGUGCUGGCAGAGCUGACUGACCGCAAGAAUAGACUGGCCUGUGACAAAGGAAAGCUUCAGAUGGCAAACCUGCAGCACCAGCUGGAUGCAGCAAAGGAUGAUAACAGCAAGAUGGCAGCCAUGCUGGAGCUCACGUUAGCUUCUCAUAACAAGUUGCAAGCAGCUCUGGAUGUGGUACAAACUGAGCUGGGACACAAGAACACUGAAAUCAGCAACCUCAGAAAAGACAAAAGCCAGACUCAACAGAAAAUACGGAGGUUAGAAACAGAACUGGAACAUUGCCAAGCCAAACUGGUUGCCAUGGGAAGGCAGCACAGCAGCCAGGUGGAACCACUUUGUGAGGCACUAGAAAGCGCUGGAACAGACAAGAAACUUGUUCUUUGUUUGGAAGAAGUUCUGCAGAUCAAUAAUACCAUGCAGAGCAAGCUGAUCCAAACUCAAUAUGAACUGAAAAGGAAAGAAACUGAGCAUCAACAGCUGAUGGUCUGCAGGGAACAGUUAAUGGAAAAAGCCAAGACUGAGGAAAAGAUGUAUGCUGAACACUUAGAGUCUCUGAAGAAGCAGUUUCAAACUGAACAAGAGGCUUCUAGGAAAUCUGCCUGUCAAGAAUCUGCUGAGGUAAAGAAAUCCCUUGAAGAAUCCUCAUCAAAAUUGGCUGAAGUUUCCUAUGCUAACAGGGAGCUGCGGCAGAAAGAGACUCAAUCUGAACUGAGGAAAAUGGAAGCAAUAAAAGAGGAGCAUCAGAAGAAGAAUUAUGAACUGUCACAGGACAUCCAGCAAUUUGUGUCAGAGUUGAAAAGCAUGCAAAACGAGAUGGAAGUGUUGUUGAAAAACCAACAUGAGGUGCAAGUGCAGAACAGGCAGCUGGAGAUCCAGCUGGAAACAGAGAGAAAACAAAGGCAGCAGCUGGAAAAUGAAUGCCAGGAAUUGGAAAAAACAGUUAAAUAUCUGAAGAAAUGUAAAGAGGAGACAGAAAUGAAACUGAAGGAAGCUAGCAUAGAGUCAGAACAGAUCACAACUAGCCUAGAAGCAGCUCACUGCUGGUUCAAAUCUAAGUUGGACAGCCUGCAGCAAGAAGUUGUGAAAAACCACCAGCCAAAGAACCCUGAAGAGAGCAGCUCCAAACAGGAGAUAAAGAAAGCAAGCACGUUCAUUUCAAAGGGGGAAGCAAAGAAAAUAGGAGAAAAAGCAAGAAGAGCUUCCCGCUCACAUCUCCCUGGACAGCAGGGCGAGGACCCAACACCUCCAGCUCACCACCAGGAAGGCCCACGUGAGCUGGGCAGGAAAUGAGCUCACUUGACUGGGUCAUUCCCAGCCCAGGGAGAGCAUCACCUGCUGGCGGGAGCUUCCCUGCUAGCAUCCAGGUGCUGGAAGAAUCAGGAACUUUACUUGAGCUGACAUAGAUAGAUCUGUAUCACUGGGAAGGCCUUGUAAAGAAAAGGUGCUCGCAGGGCACCCAUAUCUAGGGGACCUAGGAAUGCUUGUUUAAAUCAUAAACUCUGAUCUGAAUUAACUCGUACCUCUCACCUUGUCUUUUUGACUCAGGUGCUUUGCAUUGUGAGGCUGAUAUUAACAAAACUGCUAUUUAUAGCAAAACAAUUAUUCUUUAUUAUUACUGUAAACAAUAUGCUGCUGAUAUGCUGCAUCUUUGCUUUCAUCACUUUUCUUUUACCAUUUUUAGACUAAGGCCUGGCAGGUGCUAUCAAAACAGAUCUCAGACUGGCUUGCAGAGGGUUCAGGUGAAUUACUGAAGGCAGCGUCAUGUGUCUGUGGCUGGCUGCUGACGUGACUGGGACAGGGAGGAACUGGCAGGACUGGCUGCUUCUAAUGGCAGAUGAUACCCAGGUCAUGAGAGAACAUGAGCCUUGGGCUAUUUUAGGAGCAUAUAAGGAAUUCAUUAGGUGUGUGAUGUUAGACCACACAUCAUCUUACCUUCAGGAGAAUUAGUGGAAUUUGUUCAACCUAUCCUAUGUGGAUCAACACACUGGCGAGAGAGUAGUUGAAGCAGAUGAAUUAUGUCGUAAUAUGUUGAAGAUGAUGAUAACAUGGACAGUUUUCAUGCUUGUUUGACUAAGGAUCAGCUUACGUUCAUCAUGGCUUACUCUUCUACGUGGUUUCAGUGCAACUGAGCUUCAGUACAGGUGGUGUUGCCCUCUGAUGUGCUUCAACAGAGCUGUUUCCAAACUCCUCUGUGAUCAAUGGUACUAUUUAUUUCUGUGGGAUCUAUACAAGUUUUGCACUACUUGUUUAGUGGGGAGGGCAGUCUUGCAUAGCUCUGGAGCCUGGGAGUAGCCUGAGGCCACACUGGAAUUAGCUCAUUCUGCUCCUCCAGAAAUUUGGUCCUAAACUGUAACUCAUGCAAUAGGACUCUGGACUAAUUCACGGUGACCUGAGCCUCUCCUCCUUGAAGCAAAUGGCUGUUCUAAGGAACAAGGGGUGGCUGAGCACACUAGUAAAGCUAAUGCACACCUGAGCUUCAUUAAAUCAUGCUGCUUAAAAGCAAGCCUAUACAAUGUAGCUUUAGGUUUGUCCCAGUCAGGUUGGUUCCUUCAGCAGUCAACUGGCAUGCAUGCCACACCUGCUCUGUAAAGCUGCUUAGGUGCCUCAGCGUGAGCUGUGCCUCCACAGUGCCCUCAGGCAAACAGCAAUCAAAACUGUAAUCUAGUUUUGCUUGCUACGAACUUAAACUGUAAUCACAGCUGAAAAACAGUCUUCUCACAUAGCACUUGCCAUUUAAAGUUCUGUUUAUAUUGAAUGCUUAAGUAGGUUGCCUAACAAGGGACAAAUGAUUGUGACCUUUGCCCAUGCAAAAGGACAAAGCAUUCAGCAGCUGCAUUUGUAUGAAAUGCACGUUGGCAGGGCAACAGCACCAACCACUCCUCUGUUUUCCCUCUGCAGCAGUGUUUUAACCAACAUAUGGUACACCUUGAGGGCUGGUUCCUCACCCCUUCCUUGUUCGAGACUUCCCUGCUCUCUUUAGGUCCCUGCAUCUGUGGUUACUUUGUAUAUUGAACUGCAAAAUCCGAUUACAUGGCUGUGGCACUUGGUACUUAGUUUUGCGUAGUGACAGUCUUUUCCAGGUUCAACACAUCAUGGUGUUUCUUCUGAACCUGUUUAGGGUGGAAAGAUAGGGUGUAAUUGUGAAGGAUUUCUGUAUCCCAGUACCUUUUAACUUUAGCACUACCUUAAGCUUUGGCUAGUCCUGCUUUAGCAAGCAAUGCAGCUCGGUGCGUCCCAUGCAGAAUGAAAGAGCUGGUCCAGAUGUCCAGGAUGUGUUUGGAUUGGUUUUCACUUCAGAUUUGCUCUAGUCUCACCCUGCUGACUGAAUGCUCACUAGCAACUGGAGCAAGUCCAGAAGCCAUCUUCUAACUUGCUUUCAUUUGAAAGGAAACUAGUUUGUUUGCGCAGAGCCUGCUCUGCAGCGUGAACCACAGCAU